AUGAUCCUUAGAUUUUCUGUUUUUCUCCUUUUCUUCUCAAUAUGCGUCACUUUUGCUGCCCGAAUCGAUUUACAAAAUACUGGAGGAGAUGAUUCAGAAGAAGAAGAACUCGAUGAGCAGUUCACUGAUAAGAAAUCAAAGUCAAUGUAUGAAUUUUUAUAUAAGAGAUUGAAUCAAGAAGUUGUACCAAAGAAGAGAUUGGCGCCAGCUGUCUACACAAUUCCUGGACCGCAAGAACCUCUGCCUGGACGUUCCCAUCCUGGAGACUACUGGCCAGUAUUCCCGUUCCAGAAUCAAUAUUCCGGAGGUCUUGAUCUCGAUCCUUCGAUUUCUCGCCACAUCGGAGGAGAUUUAAAUAUUGCCGUUCCAUCAUGGGGUAUUCUUGAUAUUUAUGGACGUUUCUUCAACAGAAUUCACGAUACAACAUCCAAGUUUGGUUAUGUUAAUCAUCCAGUUAAUAUGAUGGAUUUGGAGAAGGAGGACUUUGUGAAAUUGAUGAGUGAUCCAGCGAUGCAUGCUAAUAGAAAUGCACAUCCAACACUUCCACUUGGAAAGUUCGGAAAGACAUACGUUCCAAUGUCUUGUAAACCACCAUUGUGUAAUCCUUAUCAGAUGAACUUUGGACUUGGAGUUGAACACGAUUGGGGAGGUUCUGAUGGAGUUGAAGGAGAUAUUGAUGUUCCGAUUCCAAUCUCAAAGGGAAUGGCUUACAGAAUGCCUUUUGGAGGAAAAGUGUAUUACAACCGCGAAAAUGUCACAGUCACCUAUGGUCAAAACUUGGGUCCAAUCGAGCCUUUCUCCAGUUUGUUCGACUAUCAAAAACACAGAGAUCCUGCUUUGAGAAUACCGAGAAGGUGGACGAGAAGCAUUCGAGAACCAGAACCGGUUAUGAUGCAGAGACCGAUGAGGAAUAUUGUGAUGCCUGGAAUGGAGUACAUGCUACAGCAACCAAUGGAACACUUUGCACAGUAUCCAUAUGUACAGAAAGUUCCGCAACACUGGAUUCAACCGUAUCCAUAUUUCCCUCAGAGACAGAUGUAUCCAUCGAUGAUGAUGCCAUCCCAGAUGAUGCAUGGACCGGUGCUUUUUCUUUUGAUUUUUCUUGCCUAUGUCGACUCGAAAGCCAAGUUAGAUCUUCAAAAUCAAGGAGAAGUUGAAGAAGAAGAUGAUGGUGAUAAUGAUGAUGGACCGAAUGGAAAAGAUGUUUAUUCCUUCCUUGCAAGCAGAAUGAAACAAGAUCUCGGAUUGAAGAAAGUGAAGAAAGCGAGUAUUUAUAAAAUACCAGGGCCCCAAGAACCGCUACCCGGACGUUCUCAUGACGGAGACUAUUGGCCAGUAUUUCCAUUCCAGAAUCAAUUCUCUGGAGGAGUGGAUCUCGAUCCUGCUAUUUCAAGACACAUCGGAGGGGACAUGAACUUUGCAGUUCCAUCGUGGGGUAUGCUUGACAUUUACGGACGUUUCUACAGCAGAACCCAAGACACAAUGACAAAAUUCGGAUAUUUGAAUCACCCAGUCAAUAUGCUGGAUUUGGAGAAGGAGGACUUUGUGAAAUUGAUGAGUGAUCCAGCGAUGCAAGCUAAUAGAAGAGCUCACCCAACACUUCCGUUGGGUAAAUUUGGAAAACAAUACAUGCCAAUGUCUUGCAAGCCGCCUCUUUGUAAUCCAUAUCACAUGAACUUUGCGCUUGGUGUUGAACACGAAAUUGGAGGUUCUGAUGGAAUGGAAGGAGAUCUUGAUGUGGCUGUGCCAAUGUCAAAAGGUGUCGCGUAUCGAUUCCCAUUCUCUGGAAACUUGUAUUACAAUCGCGACAACGUGACAGUUCACUAUGGUCAGAAUCUGUCGCCGGUCGAUCCAUUUGCAAGUUUAUUCGGUUAUCAAAAGAACAGAGAUCCGGCUCUUGCGAAUGCAGUUCCUCGAAGAUGGCCAAGAAGUAUUCAAGAAGCUCCUCCUGCUCAAAGACACAUGGGUCAAGUGGAUUCACGAACUCAACAAAUGUAUGAGCUCCCGUUCCAAAUGGGAAUGAUGCCCAUUAUGAAUAUACCUCCAUUUUACAACUCAUUCCAAGAAGAGUAUCGACCAAUGGUUGCGAUGAGAAGAGCUCCUCCGAGAAGAGUUCGAAGACGAAUAGUUUAUGAUCCGAGCUUUAACAACCCCAACUUAUAUCCCACUCCUUAUUUCUAA